UGGGUUAUCCUGAUCAAGUUGGUGGCUAACCCAUUUCUGUAAUUUGGUGACUGAAUAGAAUAGUACAGAUAAAAGAGAAGACCCAAUUUGCCAAAAGUUGAGUUUUUAAUGAUGGGUUAGGCUGGAAAUAAAAAAAGCUGGUGUUUUUAAGAGUGUUUCCGGCUAGUCUUGGUGGAGGAGCUGGUGGUGUGUCCUCCAUUAAAAGCUGGAACAGGGAAAGCACAAGGAUCUGAGCCUGGAUCCACAAAGGCAUCAUCAGCAUCAGCAACAACAGGGGCAACAAUUGUAUGCAAGCCUGGAAACUCAAGAGUGCCCACCGCCAUUGAAGAAGCGCUCGUACUUGCAGUCGUCCAGUGCUUCUUUCGGUUCAAAAUCGACACAACAUGCAAGAAAAAUGGGGGAUAGCCACCACCAAGCUGCAACAUCGUCAAGAUUGGGGAUAAAGCACUCCGGAGGGGAGAUGGUAGAAGUCCAAGGUGGUCACAUUGUUCGGUCUACCGGAAGGAAAGACCGUCACAGCAAAGUUUGCACUGCUAAAGGUCCUCGGGACCGACGUGUUCGUCUCUCGGCUCACACCGCCAUCCAGUUCUACGACGUACAGGACCGCCUUGGCUAUGACCGUCCUAGCAAAGCCGUGGAUUGGCUUAUAAAAAAGGCCAAGCCCGCCAUUGACGAGCUCGCUGAGCUACCUCCUUGGAAACCAGAAAGUUUCAAUACUUCUUCUUCGAUUGCUAAACCUAGUAACCAAGAACAAAACGCCACGACGACUACUGACAAUGAUAAGCCGUAUCACUUUCACAUCAACCAUGGUGGAAACCUGGUUGAGAACCUUGCUGCCGGGUCGGGUACUCGGAGGAGAACGGAAACAAUAAUGGGGAAUGAAGUUCAAAAUCUUCAGCAACGAGAAAUGGGAGAUAACCCGAAUAAUAAUUCGGGUUUUCUUCCACCUGCUUUAGUUUCUGAUGAGAUUGCUGAUACUAUUAAGUCUUUUUUUCCAUUGGGAGCUUCGAGUGAGGCUCAGUCUUCUUCCAUACAGUUUCAGAAUUAUCCACCGGAUUUGUUGUCGAGAACCAGCAGCCACAGUCAGGAUCUUCGGCUUUCACUUCAGUCUUUUCCGGAGCCGAUUCUUUUUCACCACCACGCACAAGCUGCUGCUGCAGCUCAGGCACAGCACAGUGAGCCUGUUUUGUUCUCUGGAACCAGCCCAUUAGCUGGUUUUGAUGGGUCUUCUGCUGGAUGGGAGCAUCACCACCAACAUCCGGGGGAGAUAGGAAGGUUCCAGAGAUUGUUUGCCUGGAAUAAUAGCGGCGCUACUGCUGAUACUGGCAGUGGCGGUGGUGCUGGUGGCGGCGGUAAUGGUGGAGUAGGAGGAUUUCUCUUUGGCACUCCAACAUCGCAUCCGCUGCCGCCGACUUUUGGCCAAAACAGCCAAUUGUAUUCUCAGAGGGGACCCCUUCAGUCCAGUAACACGCCCUUGGUUCGUGCUUGGAUAGACCAGCCAAUUUCCACAACCGACCAACACCAACACCAACACCAUCAUCAUCAUCAAAUCCCAGAAAACAUCCAUCAUCAAGCUGCUCUUUCUGGCAUUGGAUUCACCACACCUGGUGUAUUCUCUGGAUUUCGCUUUCCAGCACGAAUUCAGGGCGAAGAAGAUGAGCACGACAGCAUCGCCAAUAAGCUGUCCUCUGCUUCAUCUGAUUCUCACCAUUGAUCAAGUAAAUCAAA